CCGGCCUGGCGCUCUCUGGGCGCCUCCAGCUCGCGGGCUCCUGCCUUGGCCGGUCCCGGCUGUGAGCGGAGAUGGCAUCUGAGGCAGAGUGCUGUCCUCUGGGUGUGUUCAAGUGCCAGCUCUGUUCUGUGACAGCUCCAUACAGCUAUGUGGGGCAGAAGCCCCCCAACACCCAGGCUGUUGUCCUGCUGGAAGAGAGCUACGUCAUGAAGGACCCCUUCACUUCAGGCACAGACAGAUUCCUGGUCCUUGGGUCCCGGUGCAGCUUGUGCAGCAGGCUGGUGUGUGUGGGUCCGGAGUGCAGCUUGUUCUACAGCAGGAGGUUCUGCCUCCCUUGUGUCCAGGACAACAUCAGUGCCUUCCCGCGGGAAAUCCAGCAAGACGUGGAGAAAAGGAAAGGUCCUAAGCGGCCCUCCAGCCAGCCCUGUCCUUGAACGUGAGUGCAGUCUGUGCCACGUGGGCAGCAGUCUCCUGUGCAGAGCUCCUGGCCUGGUAGGGAGCAGCAUCUGCAGCCCCAGGGAGUGGAGGAGCCGUGCCAGGAGGUGGAGCAGACAGCCUGUGGGUCCAGCCUGGUGCUGCGGAGCUGCCCCCAGGGCUGAGGAUUCUGAGUGAGAGGGAGACUCCCUUCAGCUUGGGUA